CCAGUCAGCUCGAGAAAAAACUUAAUGGCACGGCCAUUGCGAGCCGCGGCCUUCAUAAAUGGGCGAUCCCCAUCCCGGUCCAGACCAUCCAACAUCAACUGUUCAACAUCGACUGCUCUCGCGUGCCUCUUCCCACCUCAACAAUGAAGUUCCUGGCCACUACUCUCGUCGGACUCGCUGCCACUGCCUCUCUCGCUAGCUCUGCUCCGAUUCAGGAGUCUGGGCUGCAGGCCCGUUCUCCGGUCAACUGCCUGGCGGAUGUCAUCGCCCACCAGUACUUGCACAAGCGAAGCGGCACCUGGAGCUACGAGGGCAAGACUGGCUCGGCCCACUGGGGCGAGCUCGAUCCCUCCUUUGCGACUUGCAGCGCCGGAAAGAACCAGUCGCCCAUCAAUCUUGAGGACGAGCAGCUGUAUGACCAGAGCCGACCGUCCUUUGGUUGGGCCAGCUCGGUCCAGAAGGCUAGCUUUGUCAACAACGGCCACACUAUCCAGGUGAACAUCCCUGCCGGAUCGACCAUCAAGCUUGCCAGCAACCAGACCUACCAGCUGAAGCAAUUCCACUUCCACUCACCCUCGGAGCACCACAAGCACGAAAAGUACUACCCGCUCGAGGUUCACUUUGUCCAUGCCACUUCGGACCUCCCUCCUAAGCUUGCUGUUGUCGGCGUCUUCUUUGAGCUCGGCAGCCAGCCCAACGCCUUCCUGGAUCAGCUCGUCCGCUACAUCCCCAAGCAGGCGAACGGCAACAACACCAUCCCCUCGCUUCGGCUCGACUUGAUGAAGAACCGCAUCGAGUACGACCACUAUUGGACCUACUCGGGCUCGCUGACGACCCCGCCUUGCACCGAAGGAGUUGCAUGGAACGUCAUGGAUCAGCCGCUCUCGAUCACUCCGGCCCAGCUCAAGGCCUUUACCGAUGCCAUGCCCUACAACGCUCGUUCCACGAUGUAAACGGGGAGGGGCGAGCAGGGUCAAGUGAGAUAGGACACCAUGAAUGCAUGUCGGUCCUUGUCUAUGACUAUUGUUGAAUACUUAUUGCGGCGACGCGAUCGUCUGCCAG